AUGCGGGCGACCACUAUCCAGCGCUUCGUCUUGUACGCUGCCGUAGCGCCGUUUGCUCUGCUCACAUUAGUCUUUUGCCUGAUCCACGCCAUCGCAAUGUGCGGCAACCUCGGCCGCGCGGGUCAAAUCAAGUCGAAAGCCUGGUCGCAGAAGUGGAAGUACGCUGGCCAGAAUCUCGCAAUUGAGCGCGUCCGCGGGUCCGACUCUGCUGCGGUGGUGUUCGCCAACGUGAUCCCGACAUUACUCGUUGUGAGCUGGGCUGCAGGUGUCCUUGUCUGGCUUCUGAUUCGGGCGUGCUGCAGCUCGCUGAGUAGAGUGCGCUCUCUGCGCUCGGAACUGCGUGCUCUCCAGUGGCUCAGCAUUGCCGGUGGGGUGAUCGUGUUCUGGUUCAUUGUCGGAUACUUCGCCCGCCUAUCUGUGCUUGCUCGUCACAGAGGAAUCGUAUACGUACCCCGCCUGGUCGCACUGGAGUUCGCUUGGGCGUUACCGCUUCUGCUGGCAGUUCUUUGCGCUUGGAUUUGGCUGCGCACUUGGGCAAAGAGACACGCCAACGGACAGUACCAUGCCAGCGUGAGGGUAUUGGAGCAGGGGAAGGGGUUCAACACCUACCAGAUCGAGUCAUGGAAGAACGACGAAGAAUCUUUCCGGUCAAGGAUGUCUGGUGACCCGGACGGCGAAACGCAGGCUGAGGCAGAAUGCGAAACCGAGGUCACACCGUUCCAGUUGGCGCCGACACAGCCAUACGCCCACACGACCGCCAUAACCGUUCCAGAGCUCAAGGAAGCGGACACACCUCCGGCUUACCGUAGCCCAACACCAGGAGCGGGCUACAGCGCUGCCUUGCAGCCCAGCCCAAAGGAGCUUCGGCAGCCAAUCGCAGGACCGUCGGCACGUCCGACUAGCUCAAAACGACAAGCUACGAAAGCCGAGUACAUGAGGAGAAAACAUAGAGAUCAGAAGGAGAAUGAAGGGUAUCGAUUACCGUGUGUAACGAAAGUGGAGAAGCGAUGUUCUCAGGGUCCGGCGGCGUUAUCUGUCCCUUAUCGACAUCGCCCUGACCCCACCACCGAGCGUCCAAACCCUACCAGCGUUCUUGCUUGUGUCGAGAAUCACCUUCCUGCGGGAUGCUCUCGAUCUGCUGCAGACCUGUACCACAGCGGAGCACACGCCAGAGCUCAUGUCCUCUCAUUACUGUUCCUGCCCGUCAUCGAUCUUGGCACUCAAGUGGCGAAAAGCUGUGUUAUCGUCAUUGAUCAACGUUCUUUAUCAGCACCGCCCCACUCCUCGAUGGCACCGCAUGAUGCAACCGUCAUUCCGUCGGAAACUAACCGUCUCGGAGUUCGGAUCACCAUCGCGCCUCAGGAUAGGCUUUCGGCCAAGCUUUCGAUCCCUAACAAAACUUUCAGCAGCUGGCGGCGCGCGUACUACUCCUCGUCGGGCAAUCGUGCGGCCUCCGGCUCGCCUGGCGGAUUGCGAGUCGUUAACACGGACGGUGCCAUCGCCGCAGCCGUCUUCGCCACCAUCCUUCCCACGUUUCUGGUCAUGUUCUGGUCAUUCGCCGUUCUCGUGUGGCUCCUCAUCAUCGCCUUCAGCAGCCCGAUCAGCGCACAGCGUUCUCUCCGCUCCGAGACCCGCACCCUGGCCGUGUUCACGUGGCUUGGACUAGCGCUCAUGAUCUGGCAGCUGCUCGGCUUCUUCAUCCCCGUCGGCAUCCUGGCUGCGAAGGUGCCUGUGCUGUACGUCACGACGUUCAUGGCGCUGCUCUUCGUGUGGGGCUGGCUGCUGUGGCUCGCCCUCUGCAUUGCUUGGGUGUACGAGUCCCGGUGGGCGAAGAAGAAUGCCCACGGCCAGACGCAGCAGAGCAUGCAGACGCUCGUGUCCCAGGAGGCGGCGCUCGAUUUCAACGCUUACGCUGGCAACAAGGACUGGGACAGCGAGAAUGAGCGUCCUAGCUAUAACGCCUACCGCACUCCGUACGACACGACUAUUGGCACAAGUGAGACGGAAAUCACGCCGUUCCAGCAGGCCGGGCCCAGCGUUUCCACCGAUGCGAAAGGACGUCCUAUCCAAGAUCACGAGGCAUCCAUCGCCCCAGCCCAUCCAAUAAUCUCGCCCACCGAGACGAAGGGUCAAUACAUGCGUGUACACAACCCUUAG